CCUUCAUUCACAUCUCACAGCUGGUUGUAUGACUUGGUUGCAGCCACUGCACAUAUACAAUAAUCUCCAUUUCUAUAAUUUACUCUUUGAUUUAAGUUGAUUCCGAGUUAAUUAUUAUAUACCACAUAAUGUCAUAUGAUGGAGCCGCCGAGGCGUCGUCUUCGUCAUUGCCGCCGGCACCGUGGGUGUGGGCGACGUCAUCCUUAUCAGAAGGCAUGUAUGAUGUUUUUCUGAACUUUAGAGGCGAGGAUUCUAGGUUCGCAUUCACAGAUUAUCUCUAUCAUGGAUUGGCCGACGUAAAAAAACUGCAAGUAUUCAGAGAUGAUCCGGGUCUGGAACUAGGUGACAAAAUCACAACUCUGAUGGAAGCAAUUAAAAGAUCAAGGAUUCAUAUUGUUGUGAUGAGUGAAAACUAUGUAUCUUCCCGAUGGUGCCUCCUGGAACUACAGCAGAUGCUCAAGUUAUCCGACGAUGGAAAGAAACGGCCCGUUAUCCCAAUUUUUUUAUACGUGGAGCCGUCAGAAGUGAGAUUUAGCGACAAAUCCAAGGAAGCCAUGGAGAAACAUGAAAAGAGAUACGGCAAAGACACGGCGGACGCGUGGACAUCCGCUCUAAAUGAAGUUUGCGGCCGCAGCGGAGAACACAUUUUUCCUGUUCCCAAAACGCAGAAGUAUGAAACAGGGGUCAUAGGCAAGAUUGUUGAACAAGUCUCUGCAAAACUUCAACAGAUCAAGCAACAAUUAAAUAGAUUUGAUUCUCAAUUUCAAGUGGUUGAAUCACUUUUGAACCUUGAAUCUUGUGAUACUGUUGGGGUGGUGGGAAUUUAUGAGGAUCCUAAAAUUGGCAAAAGUUACAUAACAACAUUUGCUUUUGAGCUAUACUAUAAGAUCAAACAUAACUUCCAAGCGGCAGGUUUUCUUGUUGAUAUUAGUAAAUUUCUAAGGAAAACUACUGACAAUCAUUUGGAAAAUCUCCAAAAGGAGCUUCUUUCUGAUAUGGAUGUGAAGACUAUGCAGGAGUUGGAAUAUAAAAAGAUGCUUCUGGUUAUGGAAGGGGUUGAUAGUAAAGAGCAUUUGGAGUUGCUAGUGGGAAUGGGAAUAAGUGAUUGGUUUGGUGGUGGUAGUAGGAUCCUCAUAGCAACAGAAAACAGAAAUCUGUUUGAGGAUUGUCCUGCUGUGAUGAAUGGUGUUAAGCUUGAGAAACAUUGCAUACGCGAAGGUGAAUUGGUGAAGGAAAAGAUUGUGAAGGAGAAGAAGGUAGUGGGAUUUGUGAAAGAAUUCAUCGAUGUUAUUAAUCAACUGAAGGAAGAAGAUUCAAAUGGGAGGAAUGUUGUUUCCAUUGUUGGCAUGGGUGGAUCAGGAAAGACUACCCUUGCCCGAAUGAUCUAUGACAGCAAUGAGGUGAGGCAGGUAUUCCCUUGCCGUGCGUGGGCAACUGUUUCCAAACAGUGCAUUGAAAAGGAAGUUUACAGAAACCUUCUCGAGUCUUUGAAGGUACCAAAAUCUGAAUCUGAAAAAUUAAGUGAAGAGGAGUUGAAGGAGAAGGUGAAAAAAUGUUUGAAUGGGCAACGGGGAAAGUACUUGGUAGUGCUGGAUGAUGUGUGGGAUACUCAAGCGUGGAACAAGCUGAAGGAUUAUGUUCUACCAGAAAAGAAUAAUGGGAGCAGGAUAUUGGUUACUACGAGAAAUGAUAGGGUGGCAAACUAUGCAAUGUCAAAGGAACCUCACCAUCAACUUGGCCCUUUGAAUGAAGAAGACAGUUGGGAAUUGUUUCGCAGCGAGGUGCUUGGUGGAGAAGAGUGUCCUUCUGAUUUAGAGCCUAUUGGUGAAUCAAUUGCCAAAAGUUGCAAGGGUUUGCCCUUGGCUAUCGUAACCAUAGCAGGGGUUGUCAAAAAGAGGAAGAGAUCAAAAACAGAGUGGGAAAAAAUUGAGAAAUUAAUUCCUUAUUGGUGUGAUGAUGAUGAUAUCGACAGGAUGAUGAAGAUAUUGAACACGAGCUAUGAAGAUUUACCUCCAGAAUUGAAGCCAUGCUUUCGAUAUCUUGGGGUGUUUCCGGAAGAUUGCAAGAUUGCAGCAAAGGAGAUAAUUGAACUAUGGAAUGCAGAAGGCUUGACAAAAGUAAGAGAAACUGGAAGAUCAAAUGCACCAGAGCCUGAAGACAUUGGUGAGGAGCGCUUGAAGGAGCUAGUGGAUCGUAACUUGGUACAAGUGGUGAGUAGGAAGAGUGAUGGGGAAGGCGCGAAAACAUGUCGGAUCCACGAUCUCUUCCGGGAACUGUGCAUAUCACUGAGUAACAAACCAGAUAACAACAACAAUGCUUGUAGAUCAUUGUCCUUUCCCAGAAACGUAGGAUCCUACUAUACCUGUUCAGUAGAGACAUGUAAUGAAUCACCAACUCUUUCACUAUUCUUUUAUGGAGAUGCAGAGGGGUGGGCCCAACAUAUUUCAGAAAAUCGCCGUGUUAAGGUGCUGUAUUUUUCUCAAUGGGUAAGUAAUAGUUCAAGAAGUGUUAAGUAUUUGGAGAGUUUGAGUUUGACACCCGACCUCAAGUACUUGAGAAUGGACUUUUCUGACUCAGAUGGGUUGCAUAACUUUCCAAGUUUAGAAACAUUGCAUAUACUCCACGACGCUUGGCCGAUUGACCUAAGCAUUGGGGGCUUAAAGAAACUGAGACAUCUUUAUAGUCAAUGUCUCCUGAAUUUAUUAGGAGUUGAAGAUAAAAUGCAGAAUCUUCAAACUCUAUGUCGUGUGAUUGCCGAUUCACAUCUAUGGUCCUUUCUCUACAGUGGCUACUUCCCCAACUUGAGAAAGCUGGCUUUAAUUUUAACUAAAAAAGACCCAGAAAGUUCAGCAGAGAAAAACUUAAAGAGCCUGCGUGGCCUAAGCGAGCUACGUAAGCUGAAACUUAAGUUUGUUCACUUUAGUGGAGUUUCAUUAGAUAAUGCACUUCCGUCAAAUCUUAUCAAGAUUACCUUGUCAGCGUUUACGGGUUUGAAAUCCAAGGACAUGAAUACCUUGGGACUAAUGCCCAACCUUCAAAUUUUAAAAUUGACUUGGGGAGGUUGUGCCGAAGAAACUCUUGAUAUUGGUAGUGCUGGGAGCUUUCCGUGUCUUGAAGUGUUCAUCAUGAGACACGUGAGAAGUGUCGCAUAUCUUAAAUCAGGACAAGGUGCGAUGCCUCAUCUUCGACGUGCGGUCUUCUGUUACUGCCCUCACUUGAAGGAGGUCACUCAACGAAUGCGUUCCUUGGGUAGUAACUUGGAGUAUGUAAACGAUGAUGAUGAUGAUGAUGAUUGAUUGAUUGAUUUCUGUGAAGCAUUGGAUAUCAAUGUCACUGCUUCCUCCCAAAAGGAGGUAUAUCUUUCUGUGAUUCUCUAAUAUUGCAUUUUUUUUUCCUGUUCUCUCUCUCUCUGUCUUUGUUUCUCUGAAUAAAAUUGUCAGUUGUUUUUAUUUCGAACGACACUUUUUCGUUCUUAUUUUGGUAUUGUAAUUCCUUGAGCACAUUUGUAUUAUGAUUCUCUAUUACACUGAA